UUGUGUUAUUUCCGGUAAACAGAAAUCCAACGCUCGAUAAAAAUGCGAUAGUGCACUGAGCUUCUUUUUUCAAUUUCACAACAGCUUUACUUUGCCAAGGAAGAAAAGAUUGUUGUAAGGUGAAUAAACCUCAUAAAACUAUAACUUAUAUUAUGUAUAAAACGUAAAUUAGUUACAAGCUACUGUAUAGUUACUUUAAGAUUCAUUCAUCCUUUGUAAUUUUUCAUUCUAUUAUUUCAUUAUGUAUUUUCAUCAUGUUUAAAAACAGCUAGUAUUCAUAAAUGAACUAAGUUUAUUCAAAUAUGUUAUUUUUACGUAUUAACUAUUUUAUCUUACGUACGUCGAUAAAAUAAAGUCUCAUUUUUUGGACGAUACCAGAGAGACGUGCAAAUACAGACUACCUUUUUCAUACUAACUCUCCUAAACAAUCUAUUACCAUUCAACGUAUGCUACCUAUGAUUAAAGUUUCAACGUCGGAAGAAAAUUGUAUCAACUUACAUGUCGUUCCUACUACUUACGACAUCAAUUAUUAAUUAGAUCAUAAAUCGAAAAUAGACGAAAUGAAAAGGAAUAUGUACGAAAUGAUGACAUCAAUAGAAGGAAUGCAUUAUUUUCUCUUUGGAAUUACAAAGCUCUGUUUCUGAUACAACAGUUCUUAUCCUGAUAACAUCAGUGUUGAAAAUACUUCGGCUGAAGAGGGAAAGCGAAUAAAACCUUAUGUUUUAGUAUUUAACCUAUAAUAUUGACAUAAAAAAUUCCCUAUUGGGGAACUUUAUUAAGACAUAUACGAGAAAGGGUUUUAGUCGUAGACGUAUCCAAUUUCAUAUGAGCAAAGAUGAAAGAGCUAUCAAAUACAUUCGAUUAUUACAUACUACCGAACAAAAUCCUUUGUAGUAUAGUUGGAAUGUGGCCCAUCGAACAGGAAAGUUCGACGUGUACCAAAAUAUUUUCAUAUGUCCGUUUAACAUUCACACUAGUAUCACUCAUUAGUGUUUUUGUGCCCGAAAUUAUGUUGAUAGCAGUGAAUUGGGGAGACAUAGAGAUUCUGGCAGGGGCAGGAAGCAUUGUAACCACGCUCGGACAAACGUUGUUCAAAAUGUUUUACCUAAUAGCAAGAAGAGAAAGAUCGUAUAUGCUUUACUACGAAAUAAAAAGUUUGUGGGAUACUGCCAACGAUUCGAAAGAAAUACAAUCUUACACACAGUUCGCUUAUUGGGCACGUAUUUGUACGAUAGUUUUUUAUUCAUCCUGCGUGUGCAAUGUGAUCACUUUUUCCAGCGCUGCAGCUGUUGAUUAUUUUAGAUUUGACUACAACGCUAGUGGUACAAGUAACAAUCGACAUUUACCUUUUAUCGUCUGGUACGGCACAGACAUUUCAGCAUCUCCCAAGUUCGAAAUCGCUUUCAUUUGUCAACUUUUAUCAGCCGCAUUAUCUAUCACUUCAAUCGCUGGUUUGGAUUGCUCAUUUAUGACCACGAUGUUACAUGUGUCUGCUCAAUUUAAAUUAAUCAAUACCUGGAUCAGUAAUAUAGGAACUGAAAUAAAUUGCAAUCCAAAUUACAAGCAAAAGAUAAAGGUAGAUCUAACGAGAUGUAUUCGACAUCAUCAGCGAAUAAUACAUGUGGUGAACGAGGUGAAUAAUUUAUUAACACCUAUCGUUUUCCUGCAAAUUCUUACUAGCGGAAUAGAAGUUUGUUUAAGUGGGUAUGCAAUUCUCGAUACCGGGAAAGCAGAAGCCGAUCUAGUGAAAUUUAUAUGUUAUUUCAUUUCCAUGGCGGUACACCUCUUAUUAUGGUGUUGGCCUGGUGAAAUCCUCGUUCAAGAAAGUCAAGAAAUAGGUCAUGCAGUCUAUUUCAAUGUACCGUGGUACGAUUUACCGCCAAUUUAUCAGCGAUACCUUUGCCUUAUGAUUGUUAGGGCGCAACAAUAUUCCAGUAUUUCAGCAUUAACUUUCCAAACGUUGUCUAUCCAUACAUUAACGGCCGUGAGUAAUUUGAACGAAGUAUUAAACCGUGUAGAAUUUAAAAAUGUAAUAUUUUUACGUCGAAAAAGAAAUCAAUUCUUACGAGAUUAGAAAGUAAAGCAAUGAAGGUAUAAAAAGUUUGAUUUCAGGUAUUCAACACAGCUGCAUCGUAUUUUACCUUAUUACAACAGAUACAACAAACGUAAACUUCAAAAAGACGAGGAAGGCAAUCUAUAAUUUCGCUCGUAUUAAAAACAAUUCCUAUCGAAAAUAGUCGGAUGUACAUCCAUAAACGUAUAGCAUCUUCAUACAAUUAUCCUGUAGUUAAUUAAAAGAGUAAAUGUUCACUCCUUAUCCUACCUAACAUUAUUCUUCGAUUGAAUGUAGAUCUUUUUUUUAUUUAACCAAUGUAAUCUCCAUCGUUAUUUACAUUACAUAAUGUUUACAUACAUAAACUUGGCCUUAAUAUUCAUAUCUUGUUAUGGAUCUAGAUUAAUAGGUUGAAGCUUUCCAGGAACAAGUGUAUAAUUAUGCAAAUUGCUAUUGUGGGAUUAUGUCGUAUUACAUUACAUAAUAAUGGCAGACAGUAAUUCAAUUUCUGGAGUUUUAUAAUGAAGCUUUGUUCCAGUCUGUGGAAUACUGACAUUGUAACAAUAGAUGAUUUAUGUUCUGCCUCUCAUAACCAUAUUGACAUUAGGGUCGCUUAUUAUACCUGCUCGGUCUAAUGAGAAGGACAGGUUGUAAUGGCUUGACCGGUAUUGUUGAUUGUCCUUGUGAUUUUUUGUUUUAGAUUUUUUCCCAACAUACCAUCGUUUGGACUUUUAGUUCUGAAAAUGUGGAAGGUUUGUAAGGGAAAUUUUGGAGAGAUGAUUGACUUGGCUGCAAGUUUUUCCAGUAUCCUAUUUGCAGCAUUUAUAAUUUACGAUUGAAGACUCUUUUAUGUUACUGUGAGCACCUUUUUUAUAUUUGGUCAAUUUCGUACGUGGAUAAAACGAAGCCUUAUUUUUUGGCUGUCGAUAUGAGAGAUAUGUGCAAAUACAGACUAACUUUUUCAUACUGACUCUCCUAAAAAAAUCUAUUAUUAUUCAACUUAUGCUACUCAUUGUUAAAGUUUCAACGCCGAUAGAACAUUGUAGCAAGCUACAUGUAAUAUCUAUUACUUAUGGCAUUAAUUAUUAUUCAGGACACAAGCCGAAAAUGAACGUAAUAAAAGUUUGGAAUACGUCCAAAAUAAUGACAUCAAUAUUGAAAAUACUUCGAUUGAAGAUUGAAAGCGAACAAAAUUGUUAUGUUUUAGUAUCUAAUCUGUAAUAUUGAUGGACACAGAUGAAUUUUUUCAUGACGAAUAUAAACAGCUAACUGAUUAAAAGACUUUUGUCAUUUUAAGAUAGUCAUACAUUAUAUUUAAUGUACAUUUUCACAUGAUUUAUAUCUAAUAUUUAUAUCUUAUUUAUAUUUUUAUUUUAUAAUUUUAUAUUUACAUCUAGAGAAUUCUUAGUGCUACACGCACUUAGAUAUUUAUAUAAAUUAAAUGUAAUAACAAAUAUAACUUAAUUCUAAGUUAAAUAAUAUAUAAUUCAUUCUUAUUUGUACAACAUAAUUGUUACGCCACGAGGCUUACCACGGGCUGUAUUUUCUAACCGUCGCUCGCGGGUCCUACGAUGUCGCAGUCAGAU